AUGUGCACUAUUCAAAGCCGUGCGGGAUACAAUAAGAAUCAAAAGCCGCUGGGAAAUCGCGCAUUAUCACCCGCGCACGACGCGUUCCAUACCCACCCCCCCAACAAACGCAGCAGCGCUUGCAAACGAAAUAUACAGCCAAUCCGGUCGCAUUACCAAGGUGGGCCGUCCAAAUGCGAAGACUGCAACGCAUGUGCACUGAAAAAGUCGUACAAGACAAGUUACAUUCUUAUCAUAGACAUAGAGUGGGGUCAUGAAGAUUGA